GAUAAUUAUACAUUUGCCCAACCGGGGAUACAAAGACAAAUAAGUACAUUAAAAGAUUUGAUAACUCGAAUAAACGAGCCAUUAGCAACACAUCUCCGGGAGGAAGGCUUAGAGUUUAUUCAGUUUGCCUUCCGGUGGAUGAAUUGUUUGCUAAUGCGAGAGAUGUCUCUCAAGAAUACCAUUCGAAUGUGGGAUACUUAUUUGGCCGAGGAUACUGAUGGUUUCUCAGAAUUUCACCUAUACGUAUGUGCGGCGUUUUUGGUUAAAUGGGCAGAUGAAAUAAAAUCAAUGGACUUCCAGGGAAUCAUGAUGUUCCUACAAUCAUUGCCAACUUCUAAUUGGGGCUAUGAACAUAUUGAACUUUUAUUAUCUGAAGCUUAUAUGUUGAAAA